AUGGCUCUCACGAAGCUAAGUGUCAAGAUGCUUCUGCAGAUGAAGCUAGCUGGGAAGGAGCAAGAAUUGACAGAGAAAAACGAUGGCUUUCUCCAAAACAUCGAUGUGGCUGAAGGUGCAAUGCAGAAUUUGCUAAGGGAAUUUACCAAAAUGGACCACAUCUUGGACAGAUCAGAUGAUGAGGACAUUUUCUCUGAAAACUCUCAAACUGACUUCCUUCAUGAUUUGGAGACUAAAAAAUGGGAUAUGUUGGAGCUGGAGGCUGGGCAUGACCAGGACCUGCAGAGUGAACAAGCUGAGCAAGAAAGAGAUCACGUUCAACAGGAAGAUCCCCAGGCAUCCACAUCUUUGCAGUUUUCAAAGGAGAACAUCCCUGAAUAGUAAGCCCUGGAGCGUGCAAGAAGGAACAUUUAAGAAUGUUUUGUAGUGCUUCCUGGUGGCGCAGUGGUUGAGAGUCCGCCUGCCGAUGCAGGGGACACGGGUUCGUGCCCCGGUCCGGGAAGAUCCCACAUGCCGCGGAGCGGCUGGGACCGUGAGCCGUGGCUGCUUGGCCUGCGCAUCCGGAGCCUGUGCUCCAUGACGGGAGAGGCCACAACAGUGAGAGGCCCGCGUACCAAAAAAAAAAAAAAGAAAAAAAUCAAGUGAUUCAGUAGUAUCAAGAAAUAGAUCUGAAUCCAUCCAUACCUGAAGUGUUCAUUGAAAGAAAGGGCAAACUAGAAGGACACAUUCUAAACCAAAAGAGAAACAAACCAAAGAAAAACAAAAUAAAAGAAAAAACCAAAAAUUAAAAUAAAAUAGAAAGAAUGAAUAAAUCAAAGGAGGAAAGGUAAGAAAGAAAAAAGAAAACUUAGCUGAUUAUAUUAAAGUGAUGGGACUAUAGUUUUUUCAUUUCUGUAAUUUAGAAAAAAACGAUUUUUCUCUUUUAAAAAUUAAUGUUAGGACUUCCCUGGUGGUCCAGUGGCUAAGACUCUGUACUCCCAAUGCAGGGGGCCUGGGUUUGAUCCCUGGUCAGGGAACUAGAUCCCGCAUGCGGCAACUAAGACCUGGCACAGCCAAAUAAAAAUUUUUUUUUAAAAAUUAAUGUUAAAAUGUGUUUCUUUGAGAAUGUUCCAGCUUAGCAUUUCUGAAGAUGAUUAAUUUUGGAAUUUAGAAAGACAGUAUUUAUUUACUAGAUAUGUUUUGGUAGUGAGUCAUUUUUCUUUUCAUAAGAAAGAACAAAUCUAGAUUUAGCGCUCCCUGAGGACAGAACAUCUCUGCUUCACCUUGGCAGCCAUCACAGUCUCCUCAUAAUAGAGUAUUUUAGGAACAUUGGCUCUUUAAUAAAUGUGUGAAGUAGAAGCAAUGAUUUGUGUAACUGCCAAGAGAUAGCCAGUGGCAAUAAUGCCAAGAAACUUGGCUCAGGUUCAUGGAAUCCACUGAGUUGGGUCACAACAUAGAUCCAUAGCUAGCUUUAACUGUGCUCUAGAUUUGCUCUUCUGAAACCUGUUAUAGAAGGUAAUUAUCUCCAAGCAACUGGAUUAUCUGUGACAUUUCUUUUGUUCUUUGUGUUCUUCUGGAUUUUCCAGAUCUUCUACCCCAAUCAUGUAUUGCAUUUAUAAUUAGAAAAUAAUAAUGCAAGGACUUCAAAGCAAAUAAAUAAAAUACAAAAAGGGCAUGUCUGGUGCUGGGAUAAAACUGUUGAUAGAGCUGAAUUCCACUUGUCACAUGGUAUUUUGUACCCUGAGGAAAAUCUAACUGCCUGAGCCUUUAUUUCCUCCCAAAUAGGCAUCCUAUACCUCCCAAGUGAGGUAGAGAUGACAAUAACUACUAGAGUGUGAGAAGAGUAUUUCAAAGAAAAGAGCCUCACAGUAACUCAGGGAUUCAUUGUUUCAUGGCUUUAGAAUCUUAGAAUUCCAGUGCCAGCCCUAGGAUGGACUUCGGUCCAUCUACUCCAAGUUCCUUCUUUUGCAGAUGUCAACAGAGUUUAAGAGAAAUUCAGUUACUUACUUGAAUUUAUAGAGCUACAUGGGUGGAGGAACCAGGAGUCACAUCAGUGUGGUUUUCUUCUGAACGUUCUUUUUUUUUUUUUUUAACAUUUUUAUUGGGGUAUAAUUGCUUUACAAUGGUGUGUUAGUUUCUGCUUUAUAACAAAGUGAAUCAGUUAUACAUAUACAUAUGUUCCCAUAUCUCUUCCCUCUUGCGUCUCCCUCCCUCCCAACCUCCCUAUCCCACCCCUCUAGGCAUUCUUUUAUUUAUUUGUUUGUUUGUUUACUUAUCUAUCAAUUGAUUGAUGUAUAGCUGAUAUAUAAUAUUAUAUUAGUUUCAGGUGUACAAUAUAGUGAUUCAAUACUUUUAUAGAUUAUACUGCAUUAAAAUUUAUUACAAAAUAAUGACUAUAUUUCCCUGUAAUAUACAAUAUAUCCUUGUUGCUUAUUCAUUUUAUACAUAAUAGUUUGUGUCUCUUAACCUCUAUCCCUAUCUUGCCCUUCCCCCCUUCCCUCUCCCCACUGGUAACCACUAAUUUGUUCUCUAUAUCCUUCAGAAUGUUCUUAACACAGAUGUUUUUCUUUCCUUCUAAGAAAUGUGCACUGAGGAUUUUCAUCAUGUUUAUGUCCUCACCUUCACUGGACUUUCAUGUUACAUACUAUUUUUUGAUGCUACGUUUAUUUUUGAAAAGGUGCUCCCUACAAUGCUUGGGUACCGCAGAAUGUGGGAACUGCGGGAGAUUAUUGCCCCUUUCUUGAAUUUGGAAGUGGAAGACUUGUUACCCUCCUAAAGAUACUGUUACCCUACUGACUUUCUUCCUAAUAAAAUUCUGGCUGUUCUUA